GGGACGGCGGGGGGUGCGGGUCGCGGCUAAUCCCGGCUGUGCCGCUGCGGGGGGGGGCCCGGGAGAGGCAGCCAUGUCCAUCCCCUCCUCCAGCACCACCCUACGGCUGCCCGCCGGCUUCAAAAACCUGCUGGAGGGGCUGGCACUGGAGGUGUUGCGGGCACAGCCCGCCGAUGUGGUGGCCUUUGCCGCUCAGCACUUCCAAAUGCUGCUGGAGCAGAGAGAGGACAGCUCAGCUGACCUGGCAGUGUGGGGAGCCCGGCUGGACGAUGAGGUUCUCACCCAGCCUCUUUUCCAGGAGCCAGGGGAGGACAAGGAGAAGGAGGACAAGGACAAGGAGGAGGAGAAGGCAGGGGAGCAGGCAGGCAGCGUCGCAUCCACAGACACAGAGGGAGCCUGCACGAAGCUGGACGAGGACAUCCUGGACAUCCCCUUGGACGAUCCCGACGCCAACGCGGCGGCCGCCAAGAUCCAGGCUAGUUUCCGUGGCCAUAUGACCCGCAAGAAGAUCAAAGGCGGUGAGAUCGAUCGGAAAACCAAGGACGCCGAGUGCGCCAACAGCACCCGCGGCAGCGACCUCCGCAACGGCGACUAGGGGCCGCCAGGCGCUCCCCGGACCCCCCUCGCUGCCGACCGCCGAGGCCCAGGAGCCCCCGCUUCGCCCCGCCGCCCCCCGCAUGCGCCCCCCGGGGUCCCCCCGCAGCCGGGCCCUGCCCCCGCCUGCCCCCCCCCGCCCCGUCCCCCCCCCGCCCCAAUAAACGUCCCUGCCGGAGGCCCAGCCUGUUCUUGGCACCUUUCGACGUCAGCCGGCGGAGCGGUGAGGUCACAGCGGCGCGGAGGCGGGAUGGCCACGGGGCGGGUGAUGCCCAGCAGCGAUGUCAUAUGUGCGUGCGUGACGUCGCUGGCAGGCGUGUGACGGCUGGUGUGACAGCAUACAGGCGCGUGACAUCACGGCAGGGCACGCGAUGGCUGGCACGACAUCACGCAAGCGUGCGGGGCGUGGCGCGACGCCGCUCAUGGGUGGGAGAUAGCUCGUGUGAUGCUCUGCAGCCGUGAAGUUGGGUGGUGUGACGUCGCUGUUGAAUGUGUGACGGCUGCUGUGACAUCAUACAGGUGUGUGGGACGUCACUGCUAGACAUGAUCGGAGGCACGAUGUCUUACAGGCAUGUGUUAUGUCACUGCUGACAGCGUGAUGGUGAGUGAGACAUCAUGCAGGCACGCACAACACCACUGAUGGACAUGUGACAGCCAGCGUGAUGUCCUACAGACAUGAGUUGGAUGCUGUGAUGCCACACACUCAUUGUGACAUCAUGCCACCCGACUCAGGACCGGGGCAGGGUGUGACAUCACGGUGAUGGACAGGCGAUGGGUCUUGGGGUGUGACAACACACGCACGCCAGGACGCCAUCCUGAGGACCCUGGCUGGUGCAAUGUGACAUCACCCAGCCACCGUGACAUCACACAGUCGCUGUGACAUCACACAGUCGCUAUGACAUCACCCAGAGCGACGUAGGACCCACAACCCCCUAAAUCCCUGCAAACUCACCCAAAACCACAGCAACGGACAGCACGGCCAGCUUUUAAUCAGAAAACCCCUAAAAAAAGUGCAUCUCCCCCCCCAACCCCUUGUCACCCCCCCCCCUGCCGCUUUUAAUGCUCUUUUAUGAAAAAUCCCCCAUUUCAACUGAGAUAUAUAUAUAUAUAUAAAAAAAAAAAAAGAAGAGGACCCCCCCUCUGGGCGGCGCUGGGGCUAUUUUGGGGUGUUAUAUUUACGGGGAGACUCGGCCCCCCCAAACCCGGGGAGCCUCCUGCACCCAUUAAACAACCCCAUGACGAGUCUA